CCCCUCCCCUGCACCCCGCGCCGCCGCCUGCCCGCACCGAUCCCUCCAGAUCUUGCCCCAAUCCCACCCCCAGCCGCUUCCCGCGACCCGAUUCGGCGCUGGUGCCGCCGGAAUCGGCGCCGAUUUGGAGCGGUGACUUGUCUGUUUCUUGCGGCCUUCAUCAUUUAGAGGGGGACGGACGGACUGGAUGGACGCUGUGGAGAUUCCACUGCCAGCAAAGGUCGAUUUUGGGAAGGUUCUGAUUACCGACGGGGUCGACGGAGGAGGCGGCGCCGGCGGGGGCGGGGAGGUUCUCAGGCGCUGUGCAGAUGCGGAUCGCCGGACCGGCGAUGUGAAGCAGCACAACCAGAACGCAGAAAGCAGUUCAUCCUAUAAAAAUAAGAGGACUUCUUUGGAGGUAUCUAUGCAAAAAUCUCUUGCUGGCAUUAAGUCUGAGAACGGCAAGCGGGAUUACACUGGAACUGGUACCGUUCCUGUUCCAUCCUUGCAUAAGCAAGCUAGCAAGAUACCGACCAAAAAGACCAUAAAGUUGCUGGAUGGACCACCUUGUCCAAAAAGGCCAAAGCUAGAGCCAGCUCAAAACACUAGAGCUGUUGAAGCUAAGGGCCAUGAAUCACUGCCACAUAAGAUUGUGCCUGAAAUGACACAAUGCACAGCAUCUGAAAAAUCAAGGCUGUUAAAGCAAAAGCGUUUUUCUGAUGCGAAGAGAAUUGACAAGAAGAAUGCUAGGUCUGGUGUCAGAUCUAAAUAUGAUUGUUUCACAUCAAAGUCUGGUUAUGGAAAUUAUGAUUCCAGUUUCUUGGGAAACGGCGUGCUUGGAGCUCAUGGCCUUAAACCUGAUAUCCGUGACAUCACAAAUAACGUCGAGAAUCUCCCAUUGAGCGAACUUCUGGAUGGCACUUACAAAUAUUCCAGCCUAGGAAGAGAAAAGGGAAAGAAGGUAUUGCACACAAAAGAUGAACUCCUUGUGUCCGUCAGAAAAGCCUUUUCUAUGCUAUCUGACGUGGACUGUAGUCACGGGAAGGAUGCUAAUUUCACCCCGAGUCCUAGGCUGCAUUCAGCAAGUACCUCCAGCUGUGAUAUCAAAGAGCAGUGUAGUGACAAACCAUCCACUUUGGUUAAGGUAAAGGACCCUUUACAAACAGAGGUCUGUAAUACUAUUCUUCAUUGUCCAAAGGAUAUCCUAAGCCGUUUAACACUUCCCCAUGGGCACGAUCUUGAUUCUCUUUUAUCAGCUGGAAGUGAGUGCUCAGCUGCAGUGCCUUCCAUGACUAUUCAUGGAGCUAGUUUGCCCCCAUUUCCUUGGUCAUACUCACAAGCUGGGGGUUAUCGACCAAGUGUUGACUCCGGUAAACAUGGAUCAAGUAGGAGUAACUCACAUUGGCAGUGGAUGAGAGUCGGACCAUAUCCCUCUGCUCUAGAUUAUGAAGAUUCAACUGUCCAUAAAAUUGAUGAUCUUCUUCAAGAAAUGGAUACGGUGAAGUCAACUAUCAUUGAUUCAUGUGGCAAGCAAUCUAAUUUAUGCGGCACAGAAUCAACUUCUGGAUCGCUUGGACAAACUAUUUGCUCAAAAAAGAUUGGAAGCGAGCAUGGCCCGCAACUACUGCAUUCACUAGACCAUGGGGGCACCUCAGAUAGCUUCCAGAGGAAUGAUGGUGGACGUUCUCUUCUAAAAACACCUCAAGCAUCACGGAAGGUAUUGCGUGCUGCUGAGACCCUGUGUGAUAUGAAAAGUAGCACUGAAGGGUGGAGCGCGCAAGGAUAUAGCAACAGAACAAUUAAGUUGCCAAAGUCACCUCCGGAAAAGGUGAAAGUACGCAAGCCGUCAUCCCCAUUCGGUACAGCCGAGAGCUCAUCAGGCUCUCGGAAUAGUGAUGCAGCUCUAACCGGAAAUGGCCACUCUACCAAGAAAAUAGUAGAUAGGAAGAAUGAUUCUGCAUGCAUGAGCAACCCAGGGAAAGGCUCUAUUAGGUGGCCUGUUCCUAUCGAAGAUGCAGCAUCUCCCGUCAGACCCGAGAAGGCCCUUACACCUGACGCAAGACAAACACAUGGCAAUGCCGCAAGGCAUCCAAUCCAUGUAUCAUCGCAGGCUCGGCUUGAGAAGGAGUACGAAAAUCAGCAGAAACUGAGGAAAGCAACAUUGGCCUCGUCUCUAGGAUCAGGAGAUUGGAAUAGGGAGAGGAGCAGGAGAAUGUGAAUUGUACAUUAUUAUUCAUGUUGACACCAUAGGAGGCAGCAAUAUAUCGUCUGGGGACAGCAUAAACCAGGCAACAACUGUUUCAUAAGAGGUAACAGGACAUUGAGAGAUGCAUUAAUUUAGGCGGUGGAUGAUGUAUUUAUCAGGCAUUUGUUGGCGGAAUUGUUGUAAAAGGUGUAGUCUUCUCUUUACUAUUUGCCAUAUUGUCACA